UCCCGGACAACCAUAUCAGCAAGGAGAAGGACACCCUCUGGUUCCGCCCUGCACUCCUCAAUGACACCGGGAACUACACCUGCAUGCUCAGGAACACCACGUACUGCAGUAAAGUAGCUUUCCCCCUGGAAGUGGUGAACAGAGACCCCGGGUCCUGUGUCAGCCAAGGCGUGAAGCCCGAGGAAGUCCUCCUGUACCUGAGCAGCACCAACGUCAACCUCACCUGCCCUGAUGUGGAAGGGUUUGCUCCGGCCAAUGUCCAGCUAAAGUUCCACUGGUUAAUGAACUGCAAUCUGGUGCACAAUUUCCCUGAGCGGAAGCCCUCUGGCGUCAACCUCACCUUCAUCAUUGUCCGCGAGAGCUAUGCGGGCGACUACAGCUGUGUCGCGACUUAUCGGGAGAACGGGCGGGAUUUCAACCUCACCAGGACCUUCAGGGUGAAGGUGGUAGCUCAUCCAUACAGUUCAACGGUUCCUCAGAUCAUCAUUCCAAACAGCCGGGUCAUCUAUGAACACAAGCCAGGCGAAGACCUGAGCCUUCUCUGCGAGGUCCAUUUCACCUUCUUGAAGGACUCCCCGCAGGAGGUCUGGUGGACCAUCGAUGGAAGGAGCACCGAUGAAGUCACCGACCUCAAGUUCAACGUCUCCCACACGGAGGAGCCAUUAACCAUUGGGAACGUGAAGGUGAAGAAGACCUUGUUUGUGUCGAAAGUGACGGAGAAGGACCUGAGGCGCAACUACACCUGUUUCGCCCACAACAAUAAUGGAACUUCUCAGAUGCAGGCUCUGGUGAGGAUGAAAGCUCUGGUUCCACGGUACACAGUGGAGCUCGCCUGUGGCCUUGGAGCCACCGUUCUGCUGGUGGUGGCCCUGACGGUCAUCUAUCACGCCUACUGGCUGGAACUGGUCCUCUUCUACCGGGCCCACUUUGGAACGGAUGAAACCAUCCUUGACGGGAAGGAGUAUGACAUUUACGUCUCCUACGCCAGGAACGCCGAGGAGGAAGAGUUUGUGCUCCUGACGCUGCGCGGGGUCCUGGAGAACGAGUUCGGGUACAAGCUGUGCAUCUUUGACAGAGACAGCCUCCCCGGGGGAAACAUAACGGAGGCCAUCUUCGACUUCAUCCAACGGAGCCGCAAGAUGGUGGUGGUGCUGAGCCCGGAGUACUUGCUGGAGAAGAGUGUCAGCAUGCUGGAGUUCAAGCUGGGCCUGCUGUGCCAGAACCACAUUGCCACCCGGCUGGUGGUGGUGGAGUACCGCCCGCUCCAGCGCUCCCACCCCAACGUCCAGCAGCUGCGGGAGUCGGUGCCCUUCGUGACCUGGAAGGGAGAGCGCUCCAAGCGGCCGGGCUCCAAGUUCUGGAAGGCCUUGCGCUUGGCCUUGCCCUUGCGCAGCCUGAGUGCCAUGGCAGGGGCCACCUGGAACGAGAGCUGCUCCUCCCAUUCGGACAUCAGCCCGGACCACGUCCAGAAGAAGAAGGGCCGCUUGAAAGGGCCCUCUGCUGCCUCCGUCCCACUGCCCCAGCCACAGGGGCCAGCCAUCCCCGUCCAAAGAGGGGUGGCCCCAUUGCCCAGGCUCAAAACCAAGGACCACGGCAAGCCUUUCCUGGCCUGCCGCUGCUGUGUGGCCUAUUGCAACGAGAACCAUCACAAACUUGGGGGCCACAACCAAACCGUGGCCAAGGCCAAGCGGGAGACACAGUUCUCCAGGCCGCUGGCUGGAAGCUGCGUGGGACGGAGAGUUUCCAACAGCGAGAAGCAGCCGCCUCCAGCCUCGCAGCCGCCUGAGCUCAGCCUCCGCCAUUACGCGGACUUGUCCAACAACAAUGACUUUUAUGUCCUCUAGCCAGCGCUUGGAACAUAAGUAUUGAAAUGCAUCUCAGUCCCUGCAUUCAGGGACAAAGGAAAGAGGGUUUGCCUCUGGUGAAGAGUGGCCUUUGGGGGAUAAGGAAAGGAAUGAAGAGAGCGAUGGACUGGCACCCAAAGGUGCCCAGGGAGCUUUCCAAAGAAUUCGGAGCAUCUGCUUCCUUCUAAAGAAGGUCUGCAAAUAGGAAACAUUUCCGAUCUUCUUUUAUGUUCCCAACCAGUGGCUGGAACAUAAGUGUGGAAACAGGUCUCCGUCCCUAGAGUCAGGAGGCUUGUUGACACUGACUGUUUGGAGUUGGGUUCAGAACCAGUUUGACAGCAGCUGUGCAAAUGAUCGCAUUGACAUGUCUGGGAGAGGUUUCAGGUCAGGAAGGAGAUGACAAUAACAUCAAAAUGGUGGGUUGUUGUAGAUUUUUCGGGCUAUAUGGUCAUGGUCUAGAGGCAUUUUCUCCUGACGUUUCGCCUGCAUCUAUGGCAAGCAUCCUCAGAGGUAGCGAGGUCUG